AUAAUCCACCUCCGCGUUGAAUGCAUCAAUAGAGGUCGUUGUCGUGCAAUUUCUAAACAUAAUUGAUUGGUGAAGGUGUUGGCAACCCAAUGGUAAAUGGGUUUGCAGCAGUACACUGCAAUUUGAUCGAUCAAGCAAACCCUACGGUUCAAUUUAGACGCAGGAGCGAAUGGCUGGACGGAGGGCGGCAAUUCUGGAUGGCGAUAGAUGAAGGGGCGAUUGAGAUGGACUUGACUCUCGAAGACCUCAUGCAUGUCAUCAAUGAUAUUCGAAAGGAUUUGCAGUCCACAAGGGCCAAUAACACUGGCGCCACAUGGGAUGAGUUCCUCGUCGCCGUGCAUCAAAGGUUUGAUCCCCAUUAUUAUGAAAACUACGUCCACAUGUUAUCCAAGUUAACCCAAACCUCGUCUGUCAUGGAUUAUCAAACCACGUUUGAGUCCUUACUUAAUAAGGUUUUGGAUGUGUCCGAAGCUACUAUAGUUUCCAUGUUUGUGGCGGGCCUUAAACAACCCAUCCAGCGUGAGGUCAACCUUCAGAACCCUACUACACUACUGUCUGCAUUCGCCUUAGCCCGUGAAUUGGAAGCUUGCCAUGCUGAUGCAGCGACGGCAUACUCCCUGGGUUCCCGCCGUUCCUGGCCUCCACGCUCUCCUACUUCUAGGGGCCCAGGCAUACUGCCCACACCUCCCGCCACCUCCCGUUUGCCACUAGUUAAUUCUCGCUCCCCUAGACAGUCCACUCCAGCCCCUUUACCGGUUGUUCGUGUGUCCGCUGAAGAAAAGGCUGAGCGCAAGAAGAAGGGUUUUGCUGGUACUGUGAUGAAAAAUGGAUUCCGGGGCAUAAUUGUCUUGUUGGACAGUGGGAGCACUCACAACUUUGUUCAUCCAAUGGUGGCCGAACGCCUAUCCUUGGUGUUACAUCCCGUUUCGCCUUUUCAGUUCUACGUGGGUAAUGGGGACUCCUUGCGGUGCUCUUAUUCCUGUCCACACACCCCACUGAUGCUCCACGGCCAUCUUUUUGACAUUGAUCUAUUUCUCUUGGAGAUCCAUGGCCCGGAUAUUGUUUUGGGCAUACAAUGGCUUCAGACGCUUUGCAAGGUUUCCCACGAUUAUGCCAAUAUGACAAUGGAUUUCAUGUGGAAGGGCAAGCAAGUGACCUUAUGGGGGGAUACCCUUGGGCCGAAACCCAUUUCCUUCAACCAAUUGUGUUCGAUGGCAGGUGAGGCCUCUGCCUAUGAUCUUUAUGAGGUGUUUCUGUCUUCUUCUAUGCAAAUGACAAAGUCUAUUUUGGAGGAUGAUAAUCCGGCACAUGCUCCCCCGGACGUCCGUCCCCUCCUCGAGUCCUACCGCGAUGUGUUCGCACAACCAGGGGCUGCCACCGUCUCGGGCGUGGGAUCAUCGGAUCCAUCUGGAUGCCAAUACCAAGCCAGUCAAUCCGGUUAUGCUUUGAUUGCUGUGCCCCUGACUAACCUCUUGAAGAAGGAUAGCUUCCAGUGGACGGACGAUGUGGAUUCCCGUUUCCAACACCUCAAACGGGCAAUUACCACGGCACCGGUUUUGCGGCUCCUCGAUUUCACGAAGCCUUUUUCAUUGGAGACAGAUGCGUUCUCCAAAGGGAUCGGCGCCGUACUCUUACAGGAGGGUCACCCCUUGGUGUACUAUAACACACACGAGGGACUUGGGGUUUCUCCUUUCCAGGCCCUAUAUGGCAGGCCGCCACCUUCAUUGUUCCACACUUUGGGCGUCCGUUCCUGCGUGCCAGCAAUCGAGGAAUUAUUGAAGGAUCGUGCUGAGUUACUUAUGGAUUUGAAGGCCCAUCUCUCUAAAAUGCAGCAGCGCAUGCGCGACCAAGCUAACCGACACCGUCGGGACGUGAGUUAUGCCGUCAGCAACUUGGAGCAAUGGCUUGUUCAAUGGUCUACGGAUGCGGUUGAUGACCUGGCGUGGGAGCCAGUAGAGAAGCUGUGGCAGCGCUAUCCUGAUCUCUGCCUUGAGGACAAGGCCGAUUCCGUCCGCGGGGGAGUUGUUAUGGGCCAAUCAUCGACACAGCAGGAUACUACGACUAGUGCCGUUGGGCAUCCCAAGAGGAACGUGGGUCGGCCCAAGAGAUAUCAAGAUUAUAUUUAAUCAUUUAUUAUUUUUAUGUACUUAGAUUUUCAUUAGGUGAGCGUAUAUAAACUCCUUCGAGGGUUUCUUUUCAGUUAUUUACCUCGAUUCUUUUUUUGAACCGACAAGAUAGAAAACGUAGUUACGUAGGAUUGGGGAACCCUACUAUAUAAGGAGAUGUAAUACUUUUUUACACCCUAAGAAUAAUAACAAACAUCCUCCUUU